CGAAGCGACCGUUUUAGAAAAGAUCCAUGAACUUCUGCCCCACAUAGCUUUUAAAGCAGUAUUUUAUAAACUGUCCCAGGAGCUUUUGCUGACAAAUUCCAGUUCCCAAACAGAACAUUUGGGCAAUGGUGAGGGCUUUGAUCCCUUCUCUGAUUUGCUGUCAACCGUGAAUGGGUGGAUGUGAUGCCUGCUGGCCGACAGGGGUAAGAAGUGACCUUUUGAGGUGACUGUAACUGAAGAUUGCUUUACAGAAGCCAAAAAAGGUUUUUGAGUCAUGAUGCAAGAAUCUGGGCCCGAGACAAGAAGUAAUGGCUCAGCCGUCCAGAACGGGUCGAGCGGCGGCAACCACUUGCUAGAGUGCGGCGGCCUCCGGGAAGGGCGCGCCAACGGGGAGGCGCCGGCCCUGGACGCGGGGCCGGCCGACCUGGCCCACGUGCAGCAGCAGCAGGCUCUUCAAGUGGCAAGACAGCUCCUUCUUCAGCAGCAACAGCAGCAGCAAGUUAGUGGCUUAAAAUCUCCCAAGAGGAAUGACAAACAACCCUCCCUUCAGGUGCCCGUGUCAGUGGCUAUGAUGACACCUCAAGUUAUCACUCCCCAGCAGAUGCAGCAGAUCCUCCAGCAGCAAGUGCUGAGCCCCCAGCAGCUCCAGGUCCUCCUGCAGCAGCAGCAGGCUCUCAUGCUCCAGCAGCAGCAGCUUCAAGAGUUUUAUAAAAAACAACAGGAGCAGUUGCAGCUUCAACUUUUACAACAACAACAUGCUGGAAAACAGCCUAAAGAGCAGCAGCAGGUGGCUACCCAGCAGCUGGCCUUUCAGCAGCAGCUCCUGCAGAUGCAGCAGCUCCAGCAGCAGCACCUCCUGUCCCUGCAGCGCCAAGGCCUCCUCACGCUCCAGCCGGGCCAGCCCGCGCUGCCCCUCCAGCCCCUCGCGCAAGGCAUGAUUCCAACAGAGCUGCAGCAGCUCUGGAAAGAAGUGACGAGUGCUCACACUGCAGAAGAGACCACAGGCAGCAGUCACAGCAGCCUGGACCUGACCACGACCACGUGUGUCUCUUCCUCUGCCCCUCCCAAGACCUCCUUAAUAAUGAACCCGCAUGCCUCUACCAAUGGACAGCUUUCAGUCCACACCCCCAAACGGGAAAGUUUGCCGCACGAGGAACACCCCCAAAGCCACCCGCUCUACGGGCACGGUGUGUGCAAGUGGCCCGGCUGUGAGGCAGUGUGCGAAGAUUUCCCGUCGUUUCUAAAACAUCUCAACAGUGAGCAUGCGCUGGACGAUAGAAGUACAGCUCAAUGUAGAGUACAAAUGCAGGUUGUUCAGCAGUUAGAGCUACAGCUUGCAAAAGACAGAGAGCGCCUGCAAGCCAUGAUGACGCACCUGCACGUGAAGUCCACGGAGCCCAAAGCUGCCCCUCAGCCCCUGAACCUGGUGUCGAGCGUCACACUCUCCAAGUCUGCGUCAGAGGCUUCUCCACAGAGCUUACCUCAUACUCCAACCACCCCCACCGCCCCCAUCACGCCCGUCACCCAAGGCCCCUCCGUCAUCACCACCACCAGCAUGCACACGGUGGGACCCAUCCGCAGGCGGUACUCAGACAAGUACAACGUGCCCAUUUCUUCAGAUAUUGCGCAGAACCAAGAGUUUUAUAAGAACGCAGAAGUUAGACCACCAUUUACAUAUGCAUCUUUAAUUAGGCAGGCCAUUCUCGAAUCUCCAGAAAAGCAGCUAACACUAAAUGAAAUCUAUAACUGGUUCACACGAAUGUUUGCUUACUUCCGACGGAAUGCGGCCACGUGGAAGAACGCAGUGCGCCACAAUCUUAGCCUCCACAAGUGCUUUGUGCGCGUGGAGAACGUGAAGGGGGCCGUGUGGACGGUGGACGAAGUGGAGUUCCAGAAGCGCAGGCCGCAGAAGAUCAGCGGUAACCCUUCCCUCAUUAAAAACAUGCAGAGCAGCCACGCCUACUGCACACCUCUCAAUGCAGCUUUGCAGGCUUCGAUGGCUGAGAACAGUAUACCUCUGUACACUACGGCUUCCAUGGGCAACCCCACCCUGGGCAGCCUCGCCAGCGCCGUGCGGGAAGAGCUGAACGGGGCGGUGGAGCAUCCCAACAGCACCGAGAGCGACAGCAGCCCUGGCAGGUCCCCGGUGCAGGCCGUGCACCCCGUGCACGUCAAAGAAGAGCCCCUCGACCCAGAGGAAGCUGAAGGGCCUCUGUCCUUGGUGACCACGGCCAACCACAGCCCAGACUUUGACCACGACAGAGAUUACGAAGACGAACCGGUAAACGAGGACAUGGAAUGAACGUCUGGGCAGGCCGAACCCAAGAAGGAAGAUUGGGGGAAAAACAAAACAAAACAAAACAUGUCAGAAGUUAGCAGUGAGCUUGCUCUCCGUUUGUUGUACAGUCUGGAGGAGUGUCACUGCAUUUCGACAGCUCUGAGAUGUGUUAACUCUUAGUGCCAUCAAGAAUCCCAUUUGGGAGUAUUUUUGAUUUUUCUACUUUUUGUUGAAAAAAGGAAUUUGUACUCUGUGCAUUGGAUGGACUUGUUUGGUACUUGGGAUUUUCCUCUCUUAACAGGCAACAUCUGUUGUAAAUUUGCUAAACUGAUUCACUUUUAGCAGCAGACUUUGAACUGCAGUCCUGCCCACGUUGGACCCUGAGGACACCCAACUGAGCAUGUGCACCUACGCUGCAGACCAGCCUCUGCCCAGAAUCUAAGGGUUCCGUGGACGACCUAUUUGCACAGUACUGCAUGUUGAUUAUCACUGCCUUUACUCCAUUUUUAUUUUUUAUUUUUUUUUAUUUUCUUUUUUGCUUCCAGUUGGGAUGGGGAAGGCCUUUGUGUGUGUAUUGGGGGGAGGGGGUUAAAAAUAAUUAUCCCAAACUUUUUAAUGUAUUGCUUUUUUUUCUUGCUUCUACUAUACCAUUUUAAGUUCUGACCUCAGGCCUCCACUUGGGCCCACGGCCUCUUGGAGGCUUAAUGUUUUCUGUACCUUGUGAUGAAUGUUUAUAGGUGUUUUUAUUAUACAAAGCUGAAUGUCA